AUGUGGCCUCGACGGGUCUAUCCCCGCAAGAAGAGGGCUGGUGAGAGGCUCAACCUCACCCCGAAGCCGGACCUAGCCCUCCCUGGGAAGACCGAGGCGCCGCCAGGUCUGAAGGGAUUGCGGAAGAUUACUGAGAAAGAGGAAUUGAACAGGCCCAGAGGCAGCAGCUCGCAGCGGCCGAGUCAGUUAAGUGUUACAGGAGAGGAAAGCCUGCAAGAAAGUAAUAGCCUUGGCAAAGAGACCCCAGAUGAGAAGAAAACUCCGUUGAGUGUACUGACUCAUGACUUAGAGAUGGACAGCUGUUCAUCCAGCAGUGAGCCUGUUUCAGGGCUGACUUUGGAGCAUGAUGUUUCCAGUUGGCCCCUGAGUUGUUCAGACACAGACUCAUAUACAAGGAGGACUGAAGAGAGUAGAAGUAGCUUCUCGUCACCUGAGCUGUUCAGAGGCUCAGACUGUUUGGAUUGGGAGCAUCCCAAGUUGGAAGAGUACAAGUCUCUCAAGAAUUCCACUCUUCUAGACACCAGUAAAGCAGUAACUAUAGAGAAGGCACCACAGCUUGCAAACCUCUCAGCAAUUUUGAGUGCUUCUUCAGAAGACUAUGAGAAAUGCCAUAGAUACAUAGGGAUGACAUUAGAAGCCCCACAUAUCUCUCCAGUACCACAGUAUACUUCAAAUUUAGCAUCAGUUGUAGAAAAUACAGCUUCUGAGGUUAUAUUUGCUGGAAAAACUGGCCCUCCAACGACCAAAAAAACAAAGAAAAAACCUGAAAAGGAAUCUGAAGAUAGAGGUCCACAAGUUCAAACAAAGUUAAGCUCUGGUCAUCUAGACAGCAAGGCUCCAUUCUCCCAUUAUAGUUCACCUCUUGAAAUCGUUGCCAUGAAGGAUGCUCUUCUGCCUCAACCCCUGGAAACUGUGUUGAAAAAAAGUUCUCCUCCUCCUGAUAAGCAAAGCAAAGCCCUGUUAACAAGUACACCAUCCUCAGACACAGCUGACUUUGUGAUUGAUUUGUCUCCAGUGCAAAAUGUAUCUUUUGAAGAACUAUUUCCAAAUGUCAGCAAUUAUGUUAACUCAAGUGAAAUUGUUCCUGUGUCAAGUUGGCAAGAAAGUUCUUCAAAUGAGUCUCCCUCAUAUGCAUCAGAGCUCUGUUGUAUUAUUAAGGCAUCACCAGGAACUAGACAGAUAAGAAGUAAAGAUGCCACUGUAAACAAAAACUGUUCUCCUAAAGAUGUUCCACCAGAUAUUAUAAUGAAGAUGAAUGGCAGAACAUAA